CAAAUUCAUAGAGAGUCUUACUUUUCCCUUUGCUCUUUGCAUCUUGCUAUUGAAUAGCUUUGCCUUCUCCUUGAAUUCUGACACUGAUAAAAAGGCACUUACUUCCUUCAAAAACUCCAUCACUUCCGACACUAAUGCUAUCUUGAGCACCAAUUGGUCGCAAAACACAUCAGUCUGUAGUUGGAUUGGUGUGUCGUGUGGCCUCAAACACGGCCGUGUCACUGCUCUCAAUCUCUCUCGAUAUGACCUUGAUGGAACUGUGGCUCCACGUCUCGGAAACCUUACGUUUCUAAGAUAUUUGGACAUCAGUUCCAACAGUUUUGGGGGGAUGUUACCCUUUGAGCUAUCUAAAUUGCGUCGUUUGGAGGUGAUGAAUUUGGGAGUGAAUUCAUUCAUCUGAAAAAUACCAACAUGGUUGGGCAGUUUACCUCAAAUUGAGGAACUCUAUCUGUACAAUAACUCUUUCUUAGGUACAAUUCCCGAGUCUUUAUUUAACAAUUCCAUGCUACAAAUAUUACAGUUGUAUAAUAAUUAAUUGAGUGGGCACAUACCACAUGGUAUUUUCAAUGUGUCUUCACUUAGCGAAAUUAGAAUUAAAAAUAAUAGCCUAUCAGGUCGGCUCCCAAUUGAUGUGUGCAAUAAUAUGCCCAACAUCAAAAUAUUGUCACUCUCUAAGAACAAUCUUGAAGGGCAGAUUCCGUCAAAUAUAUGGAAAUGCACACAUCUUGAGCAUGCUUACAAUUUCAGUGGAAACAUUCCACGUGAUAUUGGAAGAUUGAGCAUGCUUACAAAGUUGUACUUAGGGUACAAUAGUGGUUUUCAAGGAGGAGUUCCAUCGGAAAUAGGGAAUCUUUCAAGGCUUGAGAUAUUAAAUAUUGACGGCGCUUCUCUAACAAGAGAUAUCCCAUUUUCACUCUCCAACAUGUCUUCCUUGACAUUCUUGAGUUUAUAUGACAAUAGUUUGACAGGAAGUAUCCCAAUUUUCCAAAAUCUCCAGAUAUUGUAUCUCAAUAACAACAAGCUCACAGGUUCUCUUCCAUCAGAUUUGGGGAACUCACUAAUCAAUCUUGAAAAGCUUCUACUGAGACAAAACAGACUCAGUGGCUCAAUUCCGAGCACUAUCGCCAAUGCUUCUAAACUUACCAUCUUGGAGAUGGAUGACAACUCAUUUAGUGGCUCUAUACCCCACUUCGGCAAUUUGAAGCUCCUACAAUCACUUCUCCUUUCGAAAAACAAUUUGAGUGGAGCAGAAUUUGCAACUCAGGAAUUAACAUUUCUCUCUUCAUUAACUAACUGUCUACAUUUGAAGUACCUCGCAGUAAAUAACAAUCCAUUGAAUGGCAUCCUACCCGCUUCAGUUGGGAAUUUUUCCUCAUCUCUAGAGAUUUUUGAAGCAUCAUACUGCAACAUCAUGGGUGCCAUUCCUUCUGAAAUAGAAAACAUGAGCAGUUUGCUAACUCUAAAUUUGAUUAAAAAUCAGCUGAGUGGACUCAUUCCACCAACAAUUGGAAAAAUGAAGCAACUCCAAAGACUAUAUCUUGGUGGCAAUCAAUUGGUAGGAUCUAUCCCUAACCAACUUUGCCAAAUGAAUCAUUUGGGGGAGUUGGACCUAAGCAUGAACAGGCUUGUGGGUCCCAUACCUAAAUGCUUGGGUGGUGUUAAAUCCUUGAGAGACAUCGACUUGGGUUUCAACCAAUUAAAUUCAACUGUCCCUCCUAACUUUUGGACUCUCACAGACCUUCUAACUUUGAGCUUGUCCUCCAAUCAUUUGAGCGGUCGAUUGUCAUCUCAACUUGGCAAUUUCAAGUUACUUAGCUCUUUGGACUUGUCUUCUAAUCAAUUUUCAGGUGAUAUUCCCACCUCAAUUGAUGGUUGCCAAACACUAGAGUUUCUUGACUUAUCAAAUAAUUUUCUCAGUGGAUCCAUUCUUCAAUCGUUGGUAAAGGUUAAAGGUUUGAAAACAUUGGAUUUAUCUUACAAUAAUCUUUCUGGAUCAAUACCCAAGUCCUUGGAAGAUCUAUGUUGUCUUGAAAAUUUUAAUGUUUCCAACAACAAACUGCAAGGGAGAAUUCCAGAUGGUGGUCGUUUUCGUAACUUCAGUGCACCGUCUUUUUCUGACAACUUAGCUUUGUGUGGUCCAAUAACAUUUCAAGUUCCAGCUUGCCCAGAAAAUCAUCAUAGAUCAUGGUCAAAGAAACUCGUGGUGUCAUUAGUGAUUUUAGCUGUCAUUGUGGCGAUUGCAUUGCUUGCUUUCAUAUGGAUGUGUAAACGGAAAAAAGUAGCCCUUUCAGUUGAUAUUUCACCACAAAUUACCGAAUGCAGAAGAAUUUCUUACAUAGAACUUGAACAAGGAACAAGUUCAUUUAGUGAAACAAACCUACUUGGAAGAGGUAGUUUCGGUUCUGUAUUCGAAGGAACACUUUCUGAUGGGCUGAAAGUUGCAGUAAAAGUGUUCAACUUGGAACUACAAGGAGCACCAAGGAGCUUUGAUGUUGAAACUACUAUAUUGAGCACCAUUUGACACAGAAAUUUAGUUCGAGUUAUUGGAUGUUGUUGUAAUAUGGAGUUUAAAGCAUUGAUUCUCACAUAUAUGCCAAACGGGAGCUUAGAGAAAUGGUUGCAUUCUGGCAUGUAUGGUUUGGAACUUAUUCAACGGCUGAAAAUAGCAAUAGAUGUUGCAGCAGCCUUGGAAUAUCUUCACCAUGGCCAUACAUUUCCAGUCGUACAUUGUGAUUUAAAGCCAAGCAAUGUGUUGAUUGAUCAAGACAUGAUUGCUCAUCUUGCUGAUUUUGGUAUUUCCAAGCUUUUUGGUGGAGGGGAAACUUUCAUCCAAACACAAACAGUGGCGACGUUUGGCUAUGCAGCACCAGAAUUUGGAAUGGAAGGCAUAGUGUCAAUUAGUGGUGACGUGUACAGCUUUGGGAUAUUGCUGCUGGAGAUGUUCACGGGAAAGAAGCCAACGGAUGAUAUGUUCAAUGAAGAAAAGAACAUAAAACAGUGGGUGAGUGAAGCACUAGAGCAAAAUGCAGUUGUUGAAGUGGUGGCGCAUGCGUUGUUAGCAAGGGAAGAUCAACAUUACUCUGCCAAGGAGAAAUGCAUCUUAUCGACAUUUGAAUUGGCAAUGAAAUGUUUAGCCGUUGCAGCAGAUGAAAGAAUCAACAUGAUUGAAGUAGUUGCUGCUUUGCACAAGAUCCAUGCCACAUUUGUAGCAGCUACUGAAAUGCGUCGUCCUCGAUAUGCUUUUCCUAUAAGUAUUCGCAACAAUGCGAUUUGAUUCUGGUAUAUAGUAUAGCUUGUUCUGGAUUUUCUAUAAAAAACUUAUCAGUUGAAAGAUAAAUUGAUAUAUUAAAUCAGU